UCUCAAAUUCAAAAUCGGGUGCAUUACCUUAUUAAGGAUUAAUUUAAUGAGUAAAUGUGCACGAAAACAAUAACAAACGCAUAAAAUAGUAAGAAACCAUUAUUUAGCGUAAACUUUCAUUUCUUCUAUAUGUCACUCGAAUAAUGGUCAUGUAUAUUUCUAAGAUGCUGCAAAUUUUGAAUUUGACACGUAGGGGAUGCAUGCGAACUGCUAUUUAUUCUCAUUCUGCAUCAACUGCAGCCACUAUCAUAAAACCCUCAUUAGAGAAAAAUGAAGCUAAUAAUGGUGAUAGGAAAAUUGAAAGUUAUCAAAAGAAUUCGGGGAGUAUGAUUGCUGCUGCAUUCGCCUCUCUUAAUGAUGUUGAACAAAUGAGUGAUAAUAAAACCUCUACAAAAGAAAUUCCACUUAAUUCCAAGCCUAUGAGAACGUUUGAUAACAAAACUGUUACAGAGAAAAUCAAAACUGCAACUUCUGUCAAUGAACUUUUAGCAACUACAGAAAAUAAUAGUGUAUCACGGCAAAACGCACUAAGGAUUGUAUCAACUCUAGCAGAAUGGACAACAACAAAUAAAAUUAAACUCAAUGAGUUCGAGUCUGAUCCCAGAUUUCUGAAAUUAUGUCGAGUAAUUGGGCGAGCAAACAGUGCAGAUUUGACAGAUAGAAAGACUACAACCUAUACUCGAGAUGAUUUAAACACUCUAUUAGAAGUUACAGGGGAUGAUGAAGCUGCAAAAUUAAUUGCAACUAUAAGUUUACCUCAGAUGAUCAAGGUAAUGUCUACAUUGGCCCAGCAGAAAAAAAGAAGCAAGCCUUUACUGCAUGCUUUGGCAUACAAUAUAACUCGUAAUACUGAUGCUUUAGAUUUAAAGCAAUGUGCUGACAUUUUAUAUUCGAUAUCUGUAUUAAAUUAUCCUGAUCAUGUACUUCUGAGCAGAGUUUGCUCAGAUAUUUCAGCAGGCCUGAAUAACAACAAAGAUAAAUCAGCAGUCGUGGGCUCAAUAUUGACUUCAUUUGGUCUUUUAAAAUAUAAGGACACCGAUACUUUAGAGUCUCUGAGUGAGUGGAUUCUCAAAUACAAUGAGAUCUGCAGGUCACGUGAUAUUUCAGUUUUAAUAGUAACUUUAGCAGUCUUAAACCACAAACCUACAAAUUUUGAACAAUUAAUGAAGACAUUACUGCCGCACCUAACACAUGCAGAUCAUCCAAAUCCUACAGAGUGGCUUAAUGUGGUUUGGUCUUUAGUUUGUUUAGACAAGUGUCCCAUAGAUAAAAUAGAAUAUGUAUUUAGUGAUAGUUUCUAUAAUUUACUAAAUGUUAAAAAUGAUUUAACAUACUCUGCCAAAAUGAAACUUCUGAACAUCAAGGCAGCAGCUGAUAUAUUGAUGCCCGAUAAGAUAGAGGCUAAAAUAGAUAUUGACAAAAUUAAAGUACAGCAUAAGUACUCAAAUAGUAAACAAAUCAUGAUAAACUCUGUUUUGGAUGCACUGAAAAGCUUAUUUGCUUCUGAACAAUAUUUAAGGUCUAUGAUAAAUACUGACAUGGGAUUUUUGAUAGAUGCCGAAUGCGUUUUGGACAAAAAUUGUAAUCCAUUGCCGCUAACAAGUAACAACAGUUCUGGAAUCAGGAUAGCUAUGCAAGUUCUAGAUUAUCACGAUAUGUGUCAAAACCUUCAAGAACCUCAUGGAGCAGUAGCUUUGAGCAGAAGAUUACUAGAAGCUCGUGGUUAUAAAGUAUUAUGUGUACCAUAUACAGAAUAUCAACCUAGUGAUAAAUUAAUUAAGAGGGUGCAAUAUCUUGAAAGUAAACUUAAACAAAUAGUGAAUUCUGCAAAGCAAGUAUAAUGUCUAAUUUAAAAUAU